AUGAGUCGAGAGUUUACCGCUUUGCAGGUCAUGCGACAGAUGUUGUCAAACGCAUUCUCUGAUGAUGCCAAUCCCGAUGAAGAAGCAGAGGGUGUGUCUGAGGAGGAGGAUUAUGAGGCAAGUAACCGACCGAACAGGGAAGAGGAAGGAAAAGAAGAUGAAAUGAUAAUAUCAGAAGACAGAGAGGAGCAAACGGAAAGAGAGGUAGAAGAGGACGGAGAGCAUAAAGAAGAAGAAGAAGGAGGAGAAGAAGAAGAUGAAGGAGAAGAAUGGGUAACAGAAGACAGAGAGGAGCAAAUGGAAAGAGAGGUAGAAGAGGACGGAGAGCAUAAAGAAGAAGAAGAAGAAGAAGAAGAAGGAGAAGAAGAAGAUGAAGGAGAAGAAUGGGUAACAGAAGACAGAGAGGAGCAAAUGGAAAGAGAGUGGGGAGAAGAAGAAGAAGAAGGAGAAGAAGAUGAUGAAGAAGAAGAAGAAAAUGAGGAAGAAGAUGAAGGAGAAGAAGGGGUAACAGAAGAAAGAGAGGAGCAAAUGGAAAGAGAGGGGGGAGAAGAAGAAGAAGAAGAAGAAGAAGAAGGAGAAAGGGUAAUAGCAGGCGAGCGAGAGGAGCAAGCUAAAGAAGAUACGGAUUUGUUUUUUCUCUCAAAACACGACAAAAUCAUAUGGUCCUCCGUAGCGUACGAUAAACAAGAGCGGGGUAGAAAAGACAGGAGCGGUGAGGCUACGCCGCCGCCGUCCCCGCACAUGCCGUCGUCGCCGUUACCGCCGUCGACCGGCCCACCCGGACCGACUGAAUAUUCUCUCGUCCACGCCCGCGACAUCGCCUCCGCUUUUUUCAUGUUCGUCACCCCGUCGAUAGAACGCAUCAUCUUGGAGAUGACUAAUUUGGAGGGAAGACGGAAAAUCGGAGACGGCUGGAAACGCAUGGAUGCCGUCGACCUUCGCGCCUACAUGGGGCUGAUGCUUUUAGCCGGCGUCUACAGGUCCCGAGGCAUGGCGACCGCCAGCUUGUGGGACGCUGAGAGCGGACGGUCCAUCUUCCGCGCCACGAUGCCGCUGAAAGUGUUUCACGCCUACUCUAGACUGCUGAGAUUCGACGACCGCGAGUCGAGACCCGCCAGACGCGCGACCGACAAACUGGCGGCCGUAAGAGAGGUCUGGGACGCGUGGUCCGAGCGGCUGCCGUCCCUCUACAACCCCGGGCCGGAGAUAACGGUGGACGAACAGCUGGUUCCGUUUAGAGGGCGUUGUCCCUUUCGGCAGUAUAUUCCCAGCAAGCCAGCGAAAUACGGGAUCAAGACGUGGGUGGCGUGCGACUCUAAAUCCAGUUACGCUUGGAAGAUGCAAGUGUACACGGGGAAGGCCGCGGCCGCGGACGCGGCCCGGAAAAGAACCUGGGCAUGCGGGUCGUGCUCGAUGUCACCGAGGGACUGAGGGAUCGCAACGUCACCUGCGACAAUUUCUUCACCUCUUACGAACUCGGGCAGCAGCUGCUGAAAAGGAACAUGACCAUGGUGGACACUUUUCGAAAAAACAAGCCGGAGCUCCCCCCGGCCCUUCUCUCGCCGAAGGGAAGAGCGGUGUUCUCGUCGAAAUUCGCCUUCAUGUCGACCACCGCCGCGGUCUCUUACGUGCCCAAGAAAAACAAAAACGUGCUGCUGGUUAGCACGAAGCACACGGAGGCCGGAGUCAGCGACCGCCGCGACAGAAAGCCGGUCAUCAUACUGGACUACAACCGCUGCAAAGGAGGUGUCGAUAACCUCGACAAGGUGAUCGGAACCUACAGCUGCAGAAGGAUGACGGCUCGCUGGCCCCUGGUCGUGUUCCACAACAUCCUCGACGUUUCCUCCUACAAUGCCUUUGUGAUAUGGAGAGAACUAAACCCCGAAUGGAUGCCUCAGAAGCGGAACAAGAGAAGGGUGUUCCUAGAGCGGCUGGGAAAGGCGCUGGUGACUCCGUUGAUAGAAAGAAGGGAGCGUCUCCCUCGCACGGCAGCGUCAGCGGCAGUUGUCCGAGUCGUUCGUAGCGCCGCGUCUAGAUCUAGAACUCGCGGUGAGGGCGAGGGCGCCACCGGAGCGGCGUCGGGAGCGGACGGCCCGACCGGGGCGAGGAAGAGGAAGAGGUGUCAGUUUUGCCCGCGGGCGAAGGACAACAAAACUUCUACCGUGUGCAGCGGGUGUAAGAAAUAUAUCUGCAAAAGUUGUUCGCUCCCGUACUGCGCUGAGUGUGCCGCUGAGAAUUUGGAGACGGGUUGAUCGCCGACACACGCACACACACACACGCACACACACGCACACACACGCACACACACACACACACGCACACACGCACGCACACACCAUGUGUGACCCCUCGAGACGUGGGAUGCGGUCGGUUGAACUGUCCGCAACCGGGGUGACUAGUUUUAGAGGCAGAGAGGCAGCCUGGCAGGACCGCAUCAGAAGAGGAAAUACUUACGACUUUCCAAAGAUGAAAAUGUCACGGGAACUGCCGAAAAGACACGAGAGCAUGAUGAACAGCGAGGACCCGGACAUUGAGGUUGUUGGUGGCGACGUGGGUAAAAAGCUACACUUUAACCCCGUUAGAGCGGCAGUGGCAUUACAGCUGUGCAGAAAGCUCAAGGUAGACUGUAGACAGCGGUAUAGCAAAUUCACGGAUGUCUGUGAAUUAGGAGCUCCUUGUAAGAACGUGAAGAUUAAAAGCGACGGGAAUUGCUUCUUUAGGGCAGUCAGUGUAGCCGUGAGCGGUACCGAACGCCAUCACGGAAGAAUAAGAGAAGCCGUGGUGAAUCACUUGCAAAGCAAUGAAGCUGCGUACGCCAACAUUCUGAGAAGGGGUUACCUUUCGGUGUCGGACUACGUCGACGCAUCUGAAAUCGGCUCUCUAGGAAGUUGGGCGACAGAGGUUGAGAUUCAAGCGACGGCGGAUUAUUUGGGCGUCGACCUAUUCACGUAUUACACCGACCGUUGGCUUCGGUACAGUUGCGACAGCGUUCGGGUCUCUAAACAGGGGAUUUAUUUAGCGAAUAGCGGCAGCCAUUACGAGACCGUCGUUUGUGUCACAAGUCUUCCGAAGCGGUCUUGUCGCGGCUACUGCGAAGCAGCCAUAGUUGCGUCGGACACAUCCGAUUGUCCGACCUCGAAUUCUGCCUACGCCGAUUCUACAUCUCGGUCCGACAUGGCUUCGCCGUCACCGACAUCGAUUCGUCCGGAUAACACGGUGUCUGUGAAUGACGACGACUACUGCGAAGAGGAGAGCGAUGAGCGCGAGGAGGGGUCCCGCUGCUCUGACGAGCGUCGAGCUGCGAGGGAUUUUUACCGAGAUGCUGACAGUCCUCGGAGCCGCUACGAGUACGACGAUUACCGCAGUGACGCCGCCGAGCUAGACGUCGGAGGACGCUUCGGUGAAGAUGAGGCCUGGGAGAAUAAUCCUGAUGAAGAGCGUGACCGCUACGGAUGGCUAUCGAGGAGACGUGUGGAAAAUUAUAUCGUUGAAAAUAUGGAGCACCGUCCCUACAGCGAUAGCCUUGUAACUCCGGGUGACGUGGAGGAUACCGCCGAAGCCGAUUUAGUAACAGCUUCGCGGAUCAGCGUGAACUUUUCGACCGCUCUGAUGAGCGUCGAACUCCGAGGGACUCGAGGGGCGCGAGUGACCGCGAUGCCGACUUUUACCGAGAUUCUGACAGUCCUCGGAGCCGCCGUCAGUACGACGAUUACCGCAGUGACGCUGCGGAGCUAGAAGUCGAAGGACGCUUCGGUGAAGAUGAGGCCUGGAGGAACGCUCCCGACGAAGAGUACGAAUGUCGCGGCCUGCUAUCGGAAAGACACGUAGAAGGUGACGUUGUUGAAGACGAGGAGUGUUAUCCCUACGGCGAUAGCCUCGGAACUCCAGGUGACGCGGAAGAUACCGGUGAAGCUGAUUUGCCACGUGACGGCUUUAUGGGUCGGUCCGAACUUUUAAACGAUGAGAUCUGUAUCGCGCUGUGGGAUUGCGAGGAAGAAGUUCGAGAGGAGUUUGGCUCGAAUGACCGCUACGCAGCUACCUGCCGCUGGACCGAAUUGGAGGAAUCGUGGAAAUCGUUUGUCGGUUGGCUGGGUGAGCGCUGGUGGGGCUCGGUGUCGGAAGAGUCCGUCAGGACCUUCAUGGAUUCAUCCGAGAGACGUCGCGUCGGGGAUAUCGUCGUCUCGGCGUGCUUCGGUGACACGCCCGGGGGAGUUUGUUCUUUCACAGUGAAGACCGAAAGCGGCCUGCUGUCACUUCCUUUGCUUAUCCGUCGAAGACGCUACGUGUGCGCCGACUUGGCGGAAGGUGAUUUUUCGUGUCCGAUCGACAUGUUGAGAAAGCUGGCCCGUGAAACCUACACACACUUGCUCCCCCGACCCACAACGAUACCUUCCGAUCCCCAGAGCUUUUCUCUUACACGGGUAGUGGAUGAUAUGUGGAGCGUUUUAGAAUUGGUGAAAAGCGGAUGGUGUGACGUUUCCCGACCCCAUCGCAUAAUACAGUAUCUACAAAACAAGGAAGGACCCUCUGUUACGCCAGCGGCGUUAAUUUGCUGCGUAGAUGAUGACAGUCCGGGAUACCUGUUUGAGAUUAUAGACGCCAAGGGGAAGAGUCUGAAAGUAACAUUUGAUAAAUGGGGCUUCACGUUUGGAUCGGGUCUACAUUUCUCCGGACUCACAAGUCUGCUGUCACAUAUCUGUGAGGUCGAUGGAGUACACUUUGUGAUUAACUGUAGAUUCUUGCUCACUGCAAGCGAACCGGAGCGUCCGAUGUAA